CUGUAGUGUUAUGUUAUCUGUGAAUGGCGGUGUGAAACAUAUUUUGUGGAUCAAUAAAAGUGCAUUGUUUUUUAGUAUAAUAGAGUUGAUUACAUAUGAGAAGAUGCUUUCGUUGUUUUGUGAUUUUUGGAAGUGCUAUACUAAUUUUAUGUUAUACCAUUUUAUUACGGUGUAUGUUACACUUGGCAGAAAUUCAAUUUUGUUUUCCAUUUAAAUGUGACAGACAAGUGCUUCUAUCUUGCGGCCAUAGUUAGUACUUGAUGAUGUUUUGUUCAAUAAUGUUCAUUUCUGGGUCUAAGAGAUGGAGCUAGGUAGAUUUUGAGUUUACUCAGAUGCAGAAAAAUGAGGAUUUUGAUCUAGAACGUCCUUAGUCAACAACUAAGAUGGUGACAGAAACUAAAGAAAAGAAGAACUUAAAGCUCGGAAAUUGGCAGGUGUUCUUACUGGAAAAGUUAAACCAGCUUUAUACUAAGGGAGACCUGUGUGAUGUCACACUCAAGUUCGGUGAUAACACUUCAAUUAAGGCUCACAAGUUAGUGUUGUCUGCUUGCACGAAUUUCUUCGACCAUCUGCCGGCUACCUCACCUGGUAUUGUGCUUCACAUGCCCAAGAGCAUGAAGGAACAACAUGUCAGAUCUAUCAUCAACUUCAUGUACACAGGAAAGCUGGAAUAUAUGUCGGAAGACCACAAGAGUGUACUGUCGGCGGCCAAACAACUCGGGAUGACUGUUCUCACCGAGUUGCUACAAGUGCAGCUCCAACCAACAAAGAAGCCUGAUAAGACGCCAUCAUAUAAGAAGUACAUUCAGAAACACGCUUUGUCUGCAGCCACCACUCCACCACCACAGGUCUCCAAAGUAGAGAACAGCAAUCCAUCACUCCCCACCCCUCCGCCUUCUCAGGAGGAGGCUGCCUCACCUUCUCUGCUGUUGCCUGGCAAGAAGUUGCCAUUUUGGAAGAAAAGGAGUGCGGUACAACUUCCCGAUGAAUUUUAUCGCAAUGUCAAUAAGAAACCACCUCCUCCUCCUGUUGAGACACCAAGGCCAACAAGAUUUGAGUGGCCUGAAGAGGAAAUUCUGCCUGAAAUCAAUGUAGUCAACAGUAUUUCAAUGAGCUCUUUUGAAAAUCUCUCCUACGACUCCAAGAUCAUUGUCAAACCUGCCACUGAUCCUAAACCUGUUAUCACUGAGGACUCCAUCGACAUAAUGCCCACCACACCAAUGAUACAUGCCAUCAAGAGGCCACGAGUGUCCGAGGUCGUGAAAGGAUACGGUGAUGAUGAUGACUAUGAUGACGGCCACUUUGAAACGAUCCAUGAUUUAGAUGAUGACUUGGAUGAUGAACCAUCUGUAUCUGCUGAAACCAAGCCCAUAACCACACCGCCCAAACCAAUUCUUAAAAAUCACGAGGUUUCUACCCCAACACCAGGAAAGAAAGUGAGAUUUAUGUUUUCAGCGGAGAAUAGUCAUGUCAAAAAUGAGUCAUGUUUAUCUCAGCAAACUUCAGAAGUUUCUUUUUGCCCUUCAACCACUCCUUCUGUAUCUCAGGAAUCUUCCAAUAUGCAGACAAGCUCCAAUCAGGAUUCUUCGACACCUCCUGCCACAGUUAUUGCACCAGGGUCUGCAAAUCAUGCCAAGAUCAUCAACGAAAUUCUGAAGAAGUAUCCUGAUUUGAUGAAAAAUAACAAAAAUAUUAAAUUAAAAAUCCAAUCUGGAGGUACAGUAUCAAACUCUACAAUGCAAAACACAGUUGUGUUAGACAAAGAUGGUAAAGGGCAGAAAAAGAUUCAAUAUGUCUAUUUGAAAUCUGACGUAGCUGCAGCAACCAAGAAGGAUACGAAACCAGAAAUCACAAUGGGUCCUGAGAACAGGACUGGCCCUUGGUACUGUGUAUCUUGCGGAGAUGAAAGUGGCCCAAAGAACUUUGAAACUUACUACACGUAUCGAAAACAUUUGGAAGAGGUACACAAUGAAAGAAUAGACGCAAGGAUCUGUGAACAUUGUGGUUUUAAAGCUAGCAAACGGAAUCUCCAUCUGUAUCACUUGUACACAAAACAUCAUAUUCCCCCUCCAAGAAACAUUAAUUUUCCAAAGUGUGACCAAUGUGAAUAUAUCGCGUUAAGUGAAAGUUUAUUGGUAAAACAUCGAAGCAACCAUACAGGAAUCAUGAGCAAAGAGUUUGUCUGUAGAAUCUGCAACGCCGCAUUUAGAAGCAGUGGGGCACUCAUGGGACACAUGCAGACUAAUCUCCAUCACGCUGUCUCUUCACCUAAGAAAGAUUAUGAAUGUGAGUACUGUGGCAAGAUAUUUAACAGAAAUAUAAACUUGAAGGCACACAUACGGACGAGUCAUCAGGAAGAGAACAGAAAAAUGUAUGAUGAUGAAGACAGAAUUGAUGAACCUCCAGAGAAAGAAGUGGUUUCAGAACAAAGAAAUCAAAAUCAGAAUGUCAUGGAGGUUAUAGAAGUACCGGUGUUCGACUCUGUUCCAGGAGGAAACAAAGCACUUUAUCUUCCUCAGGGCAUGACGAUACUUGCAGAAUCUCCAACUGUUCCGUUAAUGCCUUCUUCAGAAUCAGAAGCAAUGAAUAAUGUCGCUUCAGGGAUAGCGACAUCAAUUAAUAUCGCAGAUAGAAAUAUGUCCAACGAUGUGAUAGUUAUAGAUGGGCAUUCUGAAAUAAUCCUUCGAGGAGCACCAGCUGCCUACGUUUUGAACCAAGAUGGAACCUACUCGUUGCAGGAGUACAUUGUGCCAGAAAUAAUGGCAGACUCAGGACAAGUGUACACAACAGCGUUGGUCAGCACGGCACCAACCACAGGCAUAAAUUACGUCAACACCAACAACAUCUCCAUAGUGACGUCUGGUUCAGAUCAUACGUACGCUGAUGGAAUGAAGAUCAAUGGUCAUGCCACUACAAAUGCCCAAGUGAGUCUUGUGGCCUCGACUAGCCCAGCGGUUAUUGCGUCACAAGUACAGGUACCACAGGCACAGGCUACCCAGCCAAUCAUCGUGCAAGAUCCAAUAAUCAUGAAUGCUGACUGGGUACAGUCAAUAGCCACAUCCCAGCCUCAGAGUUUGCAGAAAGUUGAGAUAAUCUCUGCACCGGUCAGUCACGGGCAGAAGGUAGAAAUCAUAUCGGCAUCCGCCCCCCAAACAAACAACGGAGAUUCAGUCCCUCCUACAAGAACGGCUCAAACUCUUGUUAGUGACUGGGGUGAUAUGGACGAGGAUAAUGAAGGGGACAGUGACCAAGGAGAGGAUGAAUCAGAUAUAAAACCGAGCAGGCCGACCAUUGAACUUGACGUCUGCUCAGAAAUGGACAUGUGAUAUAGGUGGUAAAUGUUGUCUUGUGUAUAGUAUUUUGACCGACUUUUUUCUGAAUGCUUUACAAUGUGUACCUUUCUUUUGUAUAUAUUUGUACAUUGUAAAAGUGGUUAUUAGAGAUAGUGACUAAAAUAACUCCAAUUGUUGUGGAAAACUGUAUUAGUAGUAGUUGUAUAGCUAGUAUUCUCAUUUCUGUUGUGUACAACAGUUAAUUCUACUUUUUCUACACAAAGUAUUUAUUAUUAAUAUUAGAAUGCCUUGGUUUAUAAACUUUUCUAUAGCUUUGAGUAUACAGCCAUUGAGCCAUUGUACUUUUUCACUUUAUACUUUCAAAUUUAUGUUGCAUGGAAUGCUAAAUUUGAUCCAACACUAAAAAAAGAAAUAAUAAUAUUUGAUAUAUUUAAACAUUACAAGUAGAAACAGUAGCCAGUAUUAAAUUCUUAUCUUUACUUAAUGUAAUAUGCACUAUGUACAUUUUAUGUUGUUAUGUCAUAUUCCUGUUAAGUUUGUAAGUACUUUUUUCAUGUAAAUAUUAAUUUAAAGAGACAUUUUACAAACUAUUUUCUCUGACUUCCCUUAACCUUAGAUUACUUACGUCAAAUAUUUGUCACGGAUCUACUUGUGUUGUCAAUUUGUAAACAAUAGAGAAAACAAUCAAAAAUAUGUCACACAAUUACUUAGUACCGUAAAACUGACGAUGUAUGCUCAAGUUGACAAAGACGUGUGCGUACUCUAGCGGCGAAACUGCACAACUAACAUCUGCUGUUGAAGUGGGAGGGGAAUGCAAACGCACUUGUCAUUUGUCAGAAAUACUGAUGUUGCAAAUGGGGUGUCGUCAUUAUGACAAGAUAAGUAAUCUAAGGUUGAAACAGUUUCAUAUGAAAUGCAUUGAUUAUUUUAUAUUUCUUAUGUAUUUUACCCUUAAAUUUUUAUUGGUACCUGUAUAAACCAUAUGCAAAGUGCUAAACACUAUAUUUAUUUGAGUCUAGUAAACGGUAACUAGGGUUCAAAAAUAUAACUAUUGAGUAUUACUUUUCUCAAUAAUUGAAUGAAUUAUUGAAUUGUAUUUAUUAGCGUUUUAAUAAAUUCUUCUAUAUGUUAACAAAUUAAUUAAGUAAUAUUAUCUUAAUUAGUAAAUAAGAGUAAUGUAAAAAAGGAAUGACCAACAUAUUCUAUCCCCAAUACUGUUACAGAAUAUAGUUUUACAACUAUUGGAGUUGAAGUAAGUUCUAACAUUGCCAUUUUAAUUACCAUUGUACAAAUACUGAGAUAUUAAGUAAAUGUAUAUAAUAUUUUAAAGAAUUAUGUUUUCAGUUCGUUUUAUAGAGUUGUAUUUUUUAUCAUGUUGUUUUUGUAUAAAUAUUUUGGUCAGUGACCAGCUUUGUUGUUCAAGUUUUGUACAUAUGAGUAUUUUGUACAUAACACAUAUCUUUUCACACAUUGUAGUAAAUAGCAUUUUCGUGUUAGAAAUCGGUUGCUUAAUAAUACAUGAUAUACAUUAAAUGUAUUGCUAGAA